AUGCUGCAGGGGGUGCUGACGCCCUUUGACAACGUGAAUGGAUUUGAGCGGCGUGUCAUGCACAGCAAGGCUGGGCCUUCAGGCCGCGCCAGCCCAGAAGCAGAGGAGCCGGGGUCCGAGGCCGCCCAGCGCAUGGCCGCCAGGCUGGCGAGCAUCAAGGCUGCCCGCCACACCACCAGGCUGCUGGACGCCCAGGACCUGCCUCAGCAGGAACGCCCCACCAAGCGCGUGGACGAGGGGUACUGGCGGCAGGGCAACUCCGAGUACGUGCAGCCCGCCAAGCGGCGACGGCGCCCCCGCCUGCGCAAGCUGCGUGGCCCGCGGGAGGAAAGCGCGUCGUCGGGUGAGGACGUGGGCGGCGAGCGCGACGACGCCGACGAGGCGAACUUUGACGCCCGCCAGGCCGCGCGAGCGCGGCGCCGGGACCGGGGGGCCGCCGAGGAGGGCGGGUCUGGCAGCGAGGCGGAGCCGGAGGAGGAUGCCCUGGUGGAGUUUGAGGGCGGGUUCCGCAUCUCCGCAGGCAUCUACGACCGGCUGUUCGAGUACCAGCGCACCGGGGUCAAGUGGCUGUGGGAGCUGCACACCCACCGCACCGGCGGCAUCCUGGGCGACGAGAUGGGGCUGGGCAAGACGGUGCAGAUCGGGGCCUUCCUGGCAGGCCUGCUGGCCAGCGGCCUGUAUCGCCCCAGCCUCAUCGUCUGCCCCGCCACAGUGCUGCGCCAGUGGCUGCGCGAGCUGCGCGCCUGGGCGCCGGACCUGCGCCUGGCAGGCAGUGCCGCGGGCCUGCUGCUCACCACCUACGAGCACAUGCGGCUGCAGCGCGAGCUGCUGCUGAGCGUGGACUGGGGUUACGUAAUCCUGGACGAGGGCCACAAGAUCAGAAACCCGGACGCGGAGGUGACGCUGACGGCCAAGCAGAUGCCCACCGUGCACCGCCUGAUUCUCACCGGUGCGCCCAUCCAGAACCGCCUGACUGAGCUCUGGUCCCUCUUCGAUUUUGUGUUCCCGGGCAAGCUGGGCACGCUGCCGGUGUUCCAGGCUCAGUUCGGGCUGCCCAUCCAGAUCGGGGGCUACGCCAAUGCCUCGGCCCUCCAGGUAUCCACCGCCUACAAGUGCGCGGUGGUGCUGCGGGACGUGGUGGGGCCCUACCUCCUGCGCCGGCGCAAGGCCGACGUAGACGUGCUGUUCUGCAUGUUGACCCCGGUCCAGCGCGACCUAUACAAGGCUUACCUGGCCAGCAAGGACCUGAAGGACAUCUUCGCGGGGCACCGGGCGGCACUGGCGGGCAUCGACAUCCUGCGCAAGAUCUGCAACCACCCAGACCUGCUGGACCGGGCGCGCUGGGAGGCCUCGGAGGACUAUGGCAAGCAGGAGCGAAGUGGAAAGCUGGUGGUGCUGGCACGCGUGCUGAAGCACUGGCAUGCCCAGGGCCACAAGGCCCUGGUCUUCACCCAGACGCAACAGAUGCUGGACAUCGUGGAGAAGACCGUGAACACCGAAGGGUACCGCUACCACCGCAUGGACGGCGCCACCGCCGUCUCGCAGCGCGCCCUCCUCAUGGACGACUUUAACGACAACCCCAAUGUCUUUCUUUUCCUGCUCACUACCCGUGUGGGCGGCCUGGGCGUCAACCUCACGGGCGCGAAUCGCAUUGUCGUCUUCGACCCGGACUGGAACUUUUCAACAGAUGUCCAGGCGCGGGAGAGGGCGUGGCGCAUCGGCCAGACGCGGGACGUGACGGUGUACCGCUUCGUGACCAGCGGUACGAUUGAGGAGAAGAUCUACCACCGCCAGGUGUACAAGCAGUUCCUGUCGGACAAGGUGCUGCGCGAUCCCCGCCAGCGCCGCUUCUUCAAGGCGCGCGACAUGCACGACCUGUUCACGCUGGGCGGCGAGUACCAGGACGGCACCGAGACCAGCGCCAUCUUCGGCGACGCGGGGUUCCUGCACCACCACCCGGGGCCCGAUGUGGACCUGUUCGAGGGCACCGGGCUGCACAGCGCGCUGGACCACAGCGCGAUCGAGCACGCCAACGACCCGGGGACGCUGGAGCGCCUCGCCUCGGCGGUGGUCCAGUUCCUGGAAGGGCUUGGGGGAUCCGCACCGUCUGCGGCCCUGGUGGAGCAUUUCCAGGAGACGUUGCCUGCCGCACAGCUCCCCUUGUUCCGGGGGGUCCUGAAAUCCGUGGCCACCCUGAGGAGGAGGGAUGGCGCCAAGCUGUGGGUGCUCAAGCCCGAAUUCAGUGGCGCCGGCUGA